UCUUUCAUUCUAUGCCAGCUCUUAUAGUUAAUGUUUUAUGAAUUCUUUUUGUUGGUGUCAUCUAUAAUAUGUGAGCUUGUUUAGGAUGUGACUUGUUGUGGAUCUUUUAGAUACUUGGUUUUGUUAAGAGUUCUUCCUUAGUGUAAGGCAGAUGGGGAAAUCUAAUAUUUCUGUGAAGAUAGGAAGGUGGUGUGGAGUACUUCAUAGACCAAUUUUUAUGCUUGGUAUUUUGACUCUGUUGAUUUGCAUUGCUACUUUAUCCAAAUUCUACUCCAUCAGAUCUGUUUUUAUUUCUGAUACCUUAUACAAUCAUUUUAAUACCGAGCAUCAGAGCAGUGUUAGAAGUGAUGAAGUGGCAGUUGCUGUUGGAGAUAUUGUUCGAAAAAUCCAGAACGAAAUUAAGGAGAUAAAAGAUAUACGAGCGGAUUCAACUUUGACAUCACAUUUGUCAAGAUACAGUAAUUUUCUUGCUGACAUUUUGGGGCUUAUAAAGUCAAUACAAGCAUCACAUGAAGGAGUUCAUCAGCAAAGCAGUGAAUUCGGAGGUGUCCAUCCUCUAUUAAGGCCAAAACGACAGUCAGAUGAACCUGGUGAUUUCUUCCUUAUAGAAGAGAUUCGCAAGUAUAUAAGGAUCAAACCUAACAGGUUAGGGAAACAGAACUUCAUGGGAGCUAAUGGAACAUUCACAAGCAUUGGGCAUGCUUGUUUUGCCAUGAAGAAAGAGCUUGAAGAGUAUAUGGAUUACGAUGUUGGUGAAAUCUGCAACGAUGACUGGAAACUGGCUCAAAGGCUGAUGGUUCAUGGAUGUGAUCCAUUACCAAGAAGGAGAUGCUUCUCAAAAGCCCCGCAACUGUACAGCAAGCCAUUUCCUAUAAAUGAGUCGAUGUGGAAGCUUCCUGAUAAUCGAAAUGUCCGAUGGAGUCAUUACAAAUGCAAAAACUUCACCUGCCUAGCUAACAAUAGCACUCGUAAGGGGUUCUUUAAGUGUGCAGAUUGCUUCAAUCUCACAGCUCAUGAAAUGCCCAGAUGGAUCAAACACGUAGAUCUCGAUCCCAGCACGAAUCUUACUGCAGACUUUUUGAUACCUGAAGUGCUUAAUAUAAAGCCUGGAGAGAUCAGGAUUGGAUUGGAUUUCAGUGUAGGAACAGGUACUUUCGCAGCUCGAAUGAGGGAGUUCAAUAUCACAAUAGUCUCAGCAACAAUCAAUCUUGGGGCACCUUUUAGCGAAAUGAUCGCUCUAAGAGGACUUGUACCUCUUUACUUGACUAUAAAUCAACGGCUUCCAUUCUUUGAUAAUACACUGGAUUUGAUACACACAACAAGAUUUCUCGACGGUUGGAUUGAUUUUGUGCUCCUGGACUUUAUAUUGUAUGAUUGGGACAGAGUUCUAAGGCCGGGGGGUUUGCUGUGGAUCGACAGCUUCUUUUGCCUGAAAGAAGAUCUGAAUGAUUAUUUGGAAUCCUUUAAGAUGCUAAGGUAUAGAAAGCAUAAAUGGGUCAUCGUUCCAAAGCUAGACAAAGAUGAUGAUCGGGAAGUUUUCUUUUCUGCUGUCCUAGAAAAGCCUCCUAGACCCUUUCGUUAGUUGUUUCAUAUUCGAUGUUGUAAUGAAUAUGAUUUAUCUAUGCUGCCUUAAAUCUUUAUAUUUCAAGAAACUUCUGUCAGUUGAUAUUUUGUAUAGUGCAAUGCAUGGACUGUUCGGAAUACA